CCCCUCAAUCCUGCACUCCGUACACAGCCCAGCCCUCAACCCUGCAUAGCGCACCCCCUCAACCCUGCACUCUGUACACAGCGCACCCCUCAACCCUGCACUCUGUACACAGCGCACGCCUCAACCCUGCACUCUGUACACAGCGCACCCUCAACCCUGCACUCUGUACACAGCGCACCCUCAACCCUGCACUCCGUACACAGCGCACGCCUCAACCCUGCACUCCGUACACAGAGCACGCCUCAACCCUGCACUCCGUACACAGCGCACGCCUCAACCCUGCACUCCGUACACAGCGCACGCCUCAACCCUGCACUCCGUACACAGCGCACCCUAAACCCUGCACUCCGUACACAGUGCACCCCUCAAUCCUGCACUUCGUACAUAGCGCACCCCUCAAUCCUGCACUUUGUACAUAGUGCACCCCUCAACCCUGCA